AUGGUGAUUCGGCUUGUAGAAACUGAGAAGCAUAUGGAUAGUCCACAGGGUGCAUAUGUCGCAUAUCUCGUAUCUUGCAUGACUUCUUUAAGAACUUUCUCCUCCCAUCAAUCUCGUCCCGUCUGGCGGAGAUUCCAAGAUUUUGUCUGGUUGCAUAAUGCCCUGACUUUAGAAUUCCCUGCCUGUAUUAUACCACCUCUUCCAGAUCGACGUAGGUUGGAGUAUAUCAAAGGCGAUAGAUUCAGUACAGAAUUCAUUGAACGCAGAAAGUGGAGUCUUCAGUGGUUUAUGGAUCGAAUAUCAAAGCAUCCGCAACUCCAGUUAUCACAGUCUGUGCGCAUAUUUUUAGAAUCCAACGACUUUGUAAGGAUGCAGUCCAGGAGAAUAUCUCCUGCCGCAUCUGUACUAGAGUCUAUUGGAGGCUCCUUAUUUACUGCAUUUACAAAAGUCAAGAAACCUGAUGAAAGAUUUGUAGAGAUGAAAGAUAAUUUUGACAAGAUACAGGACAACCUGGAUACUGUCGAAAGAUUGUAUACUCGGAUUAGUAAACGACAACAUGUUUUACAUAAUUUCUCCUUAGAUUUACAACAUGAUUACGCUGGGUUUGCAGAGAGUAUGCAGGGCUUUUCUGUCAGGGAAAGUGAGAUUGCAUCCCCGCUACAGAAAUUCUCUGAUACGACCAGAGAAUAUUCAAUGUUGAUAAAAACCAUGGCAAAAGAUGUAUUGUUCUUGAACGAAAUUCAUGAGUUAUUGGCCUACUGCCAUUCUGCAAAAGCAGCAUUAAGGGCACGAGAUCAGAAACAGGUUGAAUUUGAGGCACUCUCUGGAUACCUGCAACAAGCAGUACAAGAGCGUGAGAGGACUCUGUAUCCAACACGGUAUUCAAGUGGAUCCAGCCUCAAUAUCACUGAUUUUUUUACUGAAAAGCUUAACGAAGUCCGGGGCAUUGAUGUUCAACGUGCAAGACGUGAGAAAUUGGAGAAAUUGGAUCAUAAAAUCAAAGAGUUGGAGGGAGAGGUAGCUCGGGCAAACGAUAUUUCUAAUAGCUUCUCAAGUCAAGUAUUGAAAGAAUCAGAUAUAUUUGAGAAGGCAAAAAACAAGGAACUCAAGCAGGGGCUGACAGCAUAUGCAGAUAGCCAUAUCGACUUCUUUAAGAAAGGCGCACAUGCGUGGGAAAAGAUAUUACCGGUACUAGAGAGUAUAGAUGUUGGAGAUAUCGAUCAAAGGCAAUAG